GGAAAUCCUGCAAGCGAGCGAACCCACCAGAGGCCCGAAACCCACCACUCACAGCGCGACCCUCCAGCACCACACCCCGGCCCGACGAUUAAUCCGAAGACCCAAUCAGCGCCUCACCGCUUCCGGGGAAGCUUGUCUGCUUUUGGCGGAAGCACCUGAGAGUGGGGUUGUUUGCAUAAGGCACGACGAAGAGACUUCGAGGGUCUGUGAGAUAUUCCGCGAGAUAUUCCCUCUCUUUACCCUCCCAUCUGGGCAGGGACGGAGACGCGGGCCAUUAUCGAGUAUUGGUGCUCGGAAAUCCAGGCCAAGAAAGUCAGGUUAAAGUGUAGUUAAAGCAGGGCCUCAUCACGUCUGCAUUAGCCUUGCAUAACGCCCACCGCCUUCGAAAAAAGGCUCCAUCCAUUCACUGCCAGCCCGCGCCGGACCUUGAAGAAAAUCAUGGACGGUACAUAUGCGCCUCAAUCCCCCGACCUGUCCUCCUUCCUCUCCUCUCCACCAAAAGCACAACAACCUUACAACCCGACCUCAACGUCAUAUGCGCCGCGCUCGCCGGUGAUCCCCUCCUUCACCAACGCGUCGUCCGCACACCACAGCCUGCACUCUUACAACGCAAACAACAACGCCGCAUUCGGAGCAGCCCCGACAUCCAGCGACUUCGCAGAAUACGGUACAAACACCUACAUGCCGCCCAUCCCCGCCCUACCACCCUCGCAUUCCUUCCAGAACACCCUCCAACCCCCAAACACGAACGCAAACGCGUAUUUCUCUCCUCAACGCCCCGCAAGGAAAGCGAAGAACGAAGCUUUCUCAUACUCCGAGCUCGACGCCGACGCCGACGACGACGAGUACCUCCCCCUUCCAGACCAACAAAUAAACUCACCAACGAUGUCCUCCCGCGGCCCCCGAAUCAAGGGCGAGUCAUCCACCUCCUCAUCCCUCACCUUCCCCUCCGCCCCCUCCCAACCGCCACAAUAUCAAAACCCAAACCCCACCAACAUCGAAAUAAAAACCAAAUUCCCCGUAGCGCGCAUAAAACGCAUCAUGCAAGCGGACGAAGAAGUAGGAAAGGUGGCGCAGGUAACACCCGUCGCCGUCUCAAAGGCGUUAGAGCUGUUUAUGAUCGCGUUAGUGAGCGGGGCGGCGGAGAAGGCGCGCGAGAAAGGAGGGAAGAAGGUCACAGCGCAGCAUCUGAAGCAAGUGGUCGAGGGCAACCCGGAUCAGUUUGAUUUCCUAAAUGAUAUUGUGGGGCGGGUGAAUGAGGUGACUGAGGGCGCGGGGGGCGAGGGGCGGAAGAGGAAAGAGAAGGUUGCCAGUGAUAGUAGUGAGGAUGAGAAGAAGCCGAAGAAGGGGAGGGGUAGGAGGAAGAAGGGUGAGGAGUAGAGGGGAUAUGGUGGAGGGUGAUAUGGGGAUGCGAGGGCGCAUUCUUGUUGGAGAUUUUUUCGGACUUGGACGGCGGUGGCUUGGCGGGGGAGGCUUGCUUUGAGGGGUUGGCUUGGCGUUGGCGG